AUGACAGCAAGGUACGAUAGAGCUAUCACGGUGUUUUCACCAGAUGGGCAUUUACUACAAGUGGAAUAUGCACAAGAAGCUGUGAGAAAAGGUUCUUCUGCGGUUGGCGUUCGUGGUAACGAUGUGGUCGUUUUAGGCGUUGAGAAGAAAUCCAUUGCAAAACUUCAAGAAGAACGAACAGUUCGUAAAAUAUGUCUCUUAGAUGAACAUGUUGUAAUGGCGUUUGCAGGCUUAACAGCAGAUGCAAGGGUACUAAUUAAUCGAGCACAAGUUGAAUGUCAAAGUCAUAGAUUAACUGUGGAAGAUCCAGUUACAUUGGAAUAUAUAACUAGGUAUAUUGCAGGUUUGAAACAAAAAUAUACACAGAGUAAUGGUAGAAGACCCUUUGGAAUAUCAUGCCUUUUAGCUGGAUUCGAUUAUGAUGGCAUUCCACAUUUAUAUCAAACAGAACCUUCAGGCAUUUAUUAUGAGUGGAAGGCAAACGCAACAGGUCGAAAUGCUAAAACAGUUCAUGAAUUCUUACAAAAAUAUUACACACCGGAAGAAGUAGCAACUGAGAAAGGAACGAUAAAAUUGGCUAUUAGAGCUUUAUUAGAAGUUGUACAGUCAGGGAGAAAAAAUUUAGAAAUCGCAGUAAUGCGACGCGGUCAACCUCUACAGGUAUAUAAACUUCAAAGUAUUUUUAUAUUGUUUCUUCAAAUAUUCAUUUUUACAUAUUCUUUAUACUACAGAUGCUAGAUUUAGAUACCAUUGGGGAAUAUGUUACCGAGAUUGAAAAAGAAAAAGAAGCUGAAGCUGAAAAAAAGAAACAGAAAAAGUGA